GAUUCAUCAUCCACGGCUGCAAAAACGCCGAUUCAGGGUGAGUGACGUAAACCCCCAGCAAAAUUGCUGCAUCGCAUAUAAGUUGGCGCGGUUAAAGUGGUCUUAUACUUCUCUUUACACUUUAAAAACAUUAAAAAUGGUCAAGGCUGUUGCUGUUAUUCGCGGAGACUCUCCCGUCACUGGUACUAUCACUUUCACUCAAGAAAGCGAAUCUGCCCCCACCUUCAUUGAAGCUUCUGUUUCUGGUUUGACACCUGGAAAGCACGGUUUCCACGUUCACGAGUUCGGUGACAACACUAACGGAUGUACUUCCUCUGGUUCUCACUUCAACCCCUUCGGCCAGACUCACGGUGCUCCCGAAGACUCUGUUCGCCACGUUGGUGAUCUUGGUAACGUUGUUGCUGACGCCGAAGGCAAGGCUUCUCUCAAGAUCCAAGACAAUAUGGUCAAGCUUAUUGGACCCCAGUCCGUUAUUGGACGCACUGUUGUCGUUCACGGUGGUGAAGACGAUCUCGGUAAGGGUGGCCAUGAGCUCUCCAAGACCACUGGUAACGCUGGUGAUCGUUGGGCCUGCGGUGUCAUCGGUGUCACCAAAUAAGCGAUAUCCUACCUAUGCAAUUGAACUUAUGAGUAUAGUACGAAUGAUUAGUGUUUUGGAGUAAAAGUUGUAGAGUUGGUUGAAGUAAAUACGAAGAAAAAAUAAGGAAACAAUUGCACUGGUUGUAAUAUGCAGCAUAUGACACUCAAGAAAAUUUUAUAAUUGUUUAAUUCGUUCGCGUUGAGGUUGUAGUUCGUUUCCAAAUGUAUGAAUGUGAAGAUCGAGCUUACCUUUGAUUCCAAGUCGAUCGCCUGUAUUUCAGAUCUCUUCGGCUAUCAUAGUAGUGCACCGUCAUCAAAGAAAUAAAGUGUAGCGGGCUCUCAUUCUAAAAGGCGACACCUUACAUUAUUACCUCAGCUACAACUCCAAACCUGGGCAUGCGCAAGUUGCAAUUCACUUCUUAGAUUCCUCAAUCUAUGCCAAGGCAAGCGCAAAUACGAAUUCACCGAAGUCGAG